AUGAUGAAGUUUUGCUUCAUGACUUCUCAUGGCUAUCAAAUCCCUGGCCUUGGUCUUCCUCACGAGCUCAGUAACACUGAAAUCAUCAAGACUAACCGGUCUUAUCUGAUGAAUCCGGGAACGAGACAAGAGAUAAUACCUGCAAGCUCCUUCAAUCUGAAUCAUCCACAAAACUUGGAACCAUGGAAACCGGUUUCUUCGUUUACCAAAUCUAGCCAAUUCGUGGAGCUUGACUCAGCCUUGAUGAAACCUCUGCUCAUGGAUGUUCAUGAGAAGGCGCCGGAAUCUCUGGUUUUGAGCUUUGGCAAGUAUGCGAGACAAGAGAAAGUGAUGGAGUUUCUUAUGUCUAGGUCAAAGGAGAGAGGAGUUGAUAUGUCUAUGCUAUCUGAAUUGAUGGAGCUAGAGGCUGUUAAAUCAAGCUCUCAGCUACUACCGUAUGGUGCUUCCUCUGUUCUUUACUUGAAUCAAGAACUAGGGAAACCGGUUUUGGAUCUCGUUAGGGAUAUGGUUGACUUCUCUGUGCAAUCAAACGGCCACGUUCUCUUCUCCUCAAGUAGGAACUCAACAAAAGGGAAACCGCUCUCACCGCUUGUCCCGCAGUUUCAGUGGUUUGAGAGUGAAGUAAUAACACCAGCGAAGCUGAAAGUAGCUACUGUGUUAGCACCUUUGAAGAGUCCUGAGAAAACCAGGGUCAAGCCAUCACCAAGGAAACAAAACACGAAGCGGAAAGCUAAACAGAGCGACCUCUACAGAAGAAACCAUCUCCACGCUUACGAGAGCCUUUUGUCGUUAAUGAUAGGCAGUGAUCCUCAAGACAAACACACAACAGUGCUCUCUUUGCAGAGAUCAUGCGGAGAGAUCUCUGAGCUUCUCACUCAGUUUUCUAUCACUGCCGCGGGGACUGGAAUGGCUGUGCUCUUCUCUGUGGUCUGUGGUCUUGCUUCAAGGAGUGUGCCUUUCUGCGCAAACAAGUUUUUCGACACUGGACUUGGUUUCAGUUUGGUAAUACUGUCGUGGGCUGUGAUCAGACUCAGGGAAGUGAUUGUUAGUGUCAAUAGGAAAGCAAACAAGCAAUGUUCAAGUUUGAAAGAUGGAGAAAUCAUGAACAGUGUGGAGAGAAGCAUCAAGGAGGUUUACUUCAGAGCUGCCACGGUAAUCGCUGUGUUUGCACUUAGGUUUGCAUGUUGA